AAGUAUUGGUGUGUUCAAGCAUCUGAAAUCAUCACUCAAUAGUCAAAUCCACAUUGUUGUGUCUUGGAGUCUUUCAGAGGAAGAUAAGAUGAAGAAUGUCACAGAAUUCAGGACUCAUUUGAUAUUAUUUAUUGUGAUGAUCAUGGUUUCUGCAGCAGAUACAGGAGCAGAAAGUACGGAGCGAAAUGUUUCAGUAUCAAAGACUAUUAGACGUAACACUUAUACUGAUAGUGGAAACCAUGUCUACUCAUCACUAGAAACAUGGACAACCACUGACAAGACAACUGUCACAGAAUAUUUGACUUCAACUAUAACAACUGAACUCUUACCAUUUCAAUCCACAAUGAAUUCCACUGAGUUCAAAACAAGCGGACUAGAAUUUACAUCAACUGAACCAAGCCCGACUUCAGCUGUCACCACGGGGACCACUGGUGUUUCAUCUACGCCAGCCACAACCUCAGCCCAAGUCACAGAGACGUCCAAAUCAACAACAGUCCAACCGAGCACUUCAGCAAGUUCUGAGGAGCCCAGCUCAACACCGGUUAGCACUCAGACAUCUGGCUCGCCCUCCACCCUGGUGACGACAACCACGCAAGAGACCGUUUCUUCGACGCAGAUGACAGGCAAGACAAUUGCAAGUACAACUUUUGCCUCGACGGGGCCAAAUCCACAGGCCAGCAUUACUUCGGCUAUUACCACGGGGACCAAUGGUGUUUCAUCUGCGGCAGCCAUGACUGCAGCCCAAGUCACAGAGAUGUCCAAGCAAUCCACAGUCCAACCAAGCACUUCAUCAAGCUCUGAGAAGCCCAGCUCAGCACCGAUAAGCACUCAGACAUCUGGCUCACCCUCCACCCCAGUGACGACGGCCAUGCAAGGCACCGACUCUUCCACGCACAUGACAGGCAAGACAACUGCAACUACAACUUUCUCCUCCACGGGCUCAAGUACACAGGCCAGCACUGCUUCAGCUGCCACCACAGGGACCACUGGCAUUUCAUCUGCGGAAGCCACAACCUCGUCCCAAGUCACAGAGACAUCCAAGCCAUCCACAGUCCAACCGAGCACUUCAGCAAGCUCUGAGAAGCCCAGUUCUGUAACAGUAAGCACUGGCUCUCAAACAACUGGCAAGGAAACAGCAAGUACAGCUUUCGACUCCACGGGGUCAACUGCACAGUCCAGCACUGCUUCAGCUGCCACCACGGGGACCACUGGCGUUUCAUCUGCGGCAUCCACAACCUCCGCCCAAGUCACAGAGACGACCAAGUCAACAACAGUCCAACCAAGCACUUCAGCAAGUUCAGCUUUUAUCUCGACGGGGUCAACUGCACAGUCCAGCACUACUUCAGCUGCCACCACAGGGACCACUGGCGUUUCAUCUGCGGCAUCCACAACCUCCGCCCAAGUCACAGAGACGUCCAAGCCAUACACAGUCCAACCAAGCACUUCAGCAAGCUCUGAGAAACCCAGUUCUGCACCAGUAAGCACUGGCUCUCAAACAACUGGCAGGGAAACAGCAAGUACUGCUUUCGCCUCCACGGGGUCAACUGCACAGUCCAGCACUGCUUUAGCUGCAACCACGGGGACCACUGGAUUUUCAUCUGCGGCAGCCACAACCUCCGACCAAAUCACAGAGACGUCCAAGCCAUCCACAGUCCAACCAAGCACUUCAGCAAGCUCUGAGAAGCCCAGUUCUGCACCAGUAAGCACUGGCUCUCAAACAACUGGCAAGGAAACAGCAAGUACUGCUUUCGCCUCCACGGGGUCAACUGCACAGUCCAGCACUGCUUUAGCUGCCACCACGGGGACCACUGGAUUUUCAUCUGCGGCAUCCACAACCUCCGCCCAAGUCACAGAGACGUCCAAGUCAACAACAGUCCAACCAAGCACUUCAGCAAGCUCUGAGAAGCCCAGCUCAGCGCCGAUAAGCACUCAGACAUCUGGCUCGCCCUCCACCCUGGUGACGAUGACCACGCAAGAGGUCGCUUCUUCCACGCAAACGACAGGCAAGACAGCUGCAACUACAGCUUUUGCCUCCACGGGGUCAACUGCACAGUCCAGCACUGCUUCAGCUGCCACCACAGGGACCACUGGCGUUUCAUCAAGCUCUGAGAAUCCCAGCUCAACACCGAUAAGCACUCAGACAUCUGGCUCGCCCUCCACCCCAGUGACGACAGCCAUGCAAGGCACAGACUCUUCCACUCAGACAACUGGCAAGGAAACUGCAAGUACAGCUUUCGCCUCCACAAGCUCAACUGCACAGGCCAGCACUAGUUCAGUUGCCACCACAGGGACCACUGAUAUUUCAUCUGCAGCAGCCACAACCUCCGCCCAACUCACAGAGACGUCCAAGCCAUCCACAGUCCAACCAAGCACUUCAGCAAGCUCUGAGAAGCCCAGUUCUGCACCAGUAAGCACUGGCUCUCAAACAACUGGCAAGGAAACAGCAAGUACUGCUUUCGCCUCCACGGGGUCAACUGCACAGUCCAGCACUGCUUUAGCUGCCACCACGGGGACCACUGGAUUUUCAUCUGCGGCAUCCACAACCUCCGCCCAAGUCACAGAGACGUCCAAGUCAACAACAGUCCAACCAAGCACUUCAGCAAGUUCUGAGGAGCCCAGCUCGGCACCAGUAAGCACUGGCACUCAAACAACUGGCAAGGAAACAGCAAGUACAGCUUUCGUCUCCACGGGCUCAAGUGCACAGUCCAGCACUGCUUCAGCUGCCACCACGGGGACAACUGGCAUUUCAUCUGCGCCAGCCACAACCUCCGCCCAAGUCACAGAGACGUCCAAGCCAUCCACAGUGCAACCAAGCACUACAGCAAGCUCUGAGAAGCCCAGCUCAGCGCCGAUAAGCACUCAGACAUCUGGCUCGCCCUCCACCCUGGUGACGAUGACCACGCAAGAGGUCGCUUCUUCCACGCAAACGACAGGCAAGACAGCUGCAACUACAGCUUUUGCCUCCACGGGGUCAACUGCACAGUCCAGCACUGCUUCAGCUGCCACCACAGGGACCACUGGCGUUUCAUCAAGCUCUGAGAAUCCCAGCUCAACACCGAUAAGCACUCAGACAUCUGGCUCGCCCUCCACCCCAGUGACGACAGCCAUGCAAGGCACAGACUCUUCCACUCAGACAACUGGCAAGGAAACUGCAAGUACAGCUUUCGCCUCCACAAGCUCAACUGCACAGGCCAGCACUAGUUCAGUUGCCACCACAGGGACCACUGAUAUUUCAUCUGCAGCAGCCACAACCUCCGCCCAACUCACAGAGACGUCCAAGCCAUCCACAGUCCAACCAAGCACUUCAGCAAGCUCUGAGAAGCCCAGUUCUGCACCAGUAAGCACUGGCUCUCAAACAACUGGCAAGGAAACAGCAAGUACUGCUUUCGCCUCCACGGGGUCAACUGCACAGUCCAGCACUGCUUUAGCUGCCACCACGGGGACCACUGGAUUUUCAUCUGCGGCAUCCACAACCUCCGCCCAAGUCACAGAGACGUCCAAGUCAACAACAGUCCAACCAAGCACUUCAGCAAGUUCUGAGGAGCCCAGCUCGGCACCAGUAAGCACUGGCACUCAAACAACUGGCAAGGAAACAGCAAGUACAGCUUUCGUCUCCACGGGCUCAAGUGCACAGUCCAGCACUGCUUCAGCUGCCACCAUGGGGACAACUGGCAUUUCAUCUGCGCCAGCCACAACCUCCGCCCAAGUCACAGAGACGUCCAAGCCAUCCACAGUGCAACCAAGCACUUCAGCAAGCUCUGAGAAGCCCAGCUCAGCGCCGAUAAGCACUCAGACAUCUGGCUCGCCCUCCACCCUGGUGACGAUGACCACGCAAGAGGUCGCUUCUUCCACGCAAACGACAGGCAAGACAGCUGCAACUACAGCUUUUGCCUCCACGGGGUCAACUGCACAGUCCAGCACUGCUUCAGCUGCCACCACAGGGACCACUGGCGUUUCAUCAAGCUCUGAGAAUCCCAGCUCAACACCGAUAAGCACUCAGACAUCUGGCUCGCCCUCCACCCCAGUGACGACAGCCAUGCAAGGCACAGACUCUUCCACUCAGACAACUGGCAAGGAAACUGCAAGUACAGCUUUCGCCUCCACAAGCUCAACUGCACAGGCCAGCACUAGUUCAGUUGCCACCACAGGGACCACUGAUAUUUCAUCUGCAGCAGCCACAACCUCCGCCCAACUCACAGAGACGUCCAAGCCAUCCACAGUCCAACCAAGCACUUCAGCAAGCUCUGAGAAGCCCAGUUCUGCACCAGUAAGCACUGGCUCUCAAACAACUGGCAAGGAAACAACAAGUACUGCUUUCGCCUCCACGGGAUCAACUGCACAGUCCAGCACUGCUUUAGCUGCCACCACGGGGACCACUGGCGUUUCAUCUGCGGCAUCCACAACCUCCGCCCAAGUCACAGAGACGUCCAAGUCAACAACAGUCCAACCAAGCACUUCAGCAAGUUCUGAGGAGCCCAGCUCGGCGCCAGUAAGCACUGGCACUCAAACAACUGGCAAGGAAACAGCAAGUACAGCUUUCGUCUCCACGGGCUCAAGUGCACAGUCCAGCACUGCUUCAGCUGCCACCACGGGGACAACUGGCAUUUCAUCUGCGCCAGCCACAACCUCCGCCCAAGUCACAGAGACGUCCAAGCCAUCCACAGUGCAACCAAGCACUUCAGCAAGCUCUGAGAAGCCCAGCUCAGCGCCGAUAAGCACUCAGACAUCUGGCUCGCCCUCCACCCUGGUGACGAUGACCACGCAAGAGGUCGCUUCUUCCACGCAAACGACAGGCAAGACAGCUGCAACUACAGCUUUUGCCUCCACGGGGUCAACUGCACAGUCCAGCACUGCUUCAGCUGCCACCACAGGGACCACUGGCGUUUCAUCAAGCUCUGAGAAUCCCAGCUCAACACCGAUAAGCACUCAGACAUCUGGCUCGCCCUCCACCCCAGUGACGACAGCCAUGCAAGGCACAGACUCUUCCACUCAGACAACUGGCAAGGAAACUGCAAGUACAGCUUUCGCCUCCACAAGCUCAACUGCACAGGCCAGCACUAGUUCAGUUGCCACCAUAGGGACCACUGAUAUUUCAUCUGCAGCAGCCACAACCUCCGCCCAACUCACAGAGACGUCCAAGCCAUCCACAGUCCAACCAAGCACUUCAGCAAGCUCUGAGAAGCCCAGUUCUGCACCAGUAAGCACUGGCUCUCAAACAACUGGCAAGGAAACAGCAAGUACUGCUUUCGCCUCCACGGGGUCAACUGCACAGUCCAGCACUGCUUUAGCUGCCACCACGGGGACCACUGGAUUUUCAUCUGCGGCAUCCACAACCUCCGCCCAAGUCACAGAGACGUCCAAGUCAACAACAGUCCAACCAAGCACUUCAGCAAGUUCUGAGGAGCCCAGCUCGGCACCAGUAAGCACUGGCACUCAAACAACUGGCAAGGAAACAGCAAGUACAGCUUUCGUCUCCACGGGCUCAAGUGCACAGUCCAGCACUGCUUCAGCUGCCACCACGGGGAUAACUGGCAUUUCAUCUGCGCCAGCCACAACCUCCGCCCAAGUCACAGAGACGUCCAAGCGAUCCACAGUGCAACCAAGCACUUCAGCAAGCUCUGAGAAGCCCAGCUCAGCGCCGAUAAGCACUCAGACAUCUGGCUCGCCCUCCACCCUGGUGACGAUGACCACGCAAGAGGUCGCUUCUUCCACGCAAACGACAGGCAAGACAGCUGCAACUACAGCUUUUGCCUCCACGGGGUCAACUGCACAGUCCAGCACUGCUUCAGCUGCCACCACAGGGACCACUGGCGUUUCAUCAAGCUCUGAGAAUCCCAGCUCAACACCGAUAAGCACUCAGACAUCUGGCUCGCCCUCCACCCCAGUGACGACAGCCAUGCAAGGCACAGACUCUUCCACUCAGACAACUGGCAAGGAAACUGCAAGUACAGCUUUCGCCUCCACAAGCUCAACUGCACAGGCCAGCACUAGUUCAGUUGCCACCACAGGGACCACUGAUAUUUCAUCUGCAGCAGCCACAACCUCCGCCCAACUCACAGAGACGUCCAAGCCAUCCACAGUCCAACCAAGCACUUCAGCAAGCUCUGAGAAGCCCAGUUCUGCACCAGUAAGCACUGGCUCUCAAACAACUGGCAAGGAAACAACAAGUACUGCUUUCGCCUCCACGGGAUCAACUGCACAGUCCAGCACUGCUUUAGCUGCCACCACGGGGACCACUGGCGUUUCAUCUGCGGCAUCCACAACCUCCGCCCAAGUCACAGAGACGUCCAAGUCAACAACAGUCCAACCAAGCACUUCAGCAAGUUCUGAGGAGCCCAGCUCGGCGCCAGUAAGCACUGGCACUCAAACAACUGGCAAGGAAACAGCAAGUACAGCUUUCGUCUCCACGGGCUCAAGUGCACAGUCCAGCACUGCUUCAGCUGCCACCACGGGGACAACUGGCAUUUCAUCUGCGCCAGCCACAACCUCCGCCCAAGUCACAGAGACGUCCAAGCCAUCCACAGUGCAACCAAGCACUUCAGCAAGCUCUGAGAAGCCCAGCUCAGCGCCGAUAAGCACUCAGACAUCUGGCUCGCCCUCCACCCUGGUGACGAUGACCACGCAAGAGGUCGCUUCUUCCACGCAAACGACAGGCAAGACAGCUGCAACUACAGCUUUUGCCUCCACGGGGUCAACUGCACAGUCCAGCACUGCUUCAGCUGCCACCACAGGGACCACUGGCGUUUCAUCAAGCUCUGAGAAUCCCAGCUCAACACCGAUAAGCACUCAGACAUCUGGCUCGCCCUCCACCCCAGUGACGACAGCCAUGCAAGGCACAGACUCUUCCACUCAGACAACUGGCAAGGAAACUGCAAGUACAGCUUUCGCCUCCACAAGCUCAACUGCACAGGCCAGCACUAGUUCAGUUGCCACCACAGGGACCACUGAUAUUUCAUCUGCAGCAGCCACAACCUCCGCCCAACUCACAGAGACGUCCAAGCCAUCCACAGUCCAACCAAGCACUUCAGCAAGCUCUGAGAAGCCCAGUUCUGCACCAGUAAGCACUGGCUCUCAAACAACUGGCAAGGAAACAGCAAGUACUGCUUUCGCCUCCACGGGGUCAACUGCACAGUCCAGCACUGCUUUAGCUGCCACCACGGGGACCACUGGAUUUUCAUCUGCGGCAUCCACAACCUCCGCCCAAGUCACAGAGACGUCCAAGUCAACAACAGUCCAACCAAGCACUUCAGCAAGUUCUGAGGAGCCCAGCUCGGCACCAGUAAGCACUGGCACUCAAACAACUGGCAAGGAAACAGCAAGUACAGCUUUCGUCUCCACGGGCUCAAGUGCACAGUCCAGCACUGCUUCAGCUGCCACCACGGGGACAACUGGCAUUUCAUCUGCGCCAGCCACAACCUCCGCCCAAGUCACAGAGACGUCCAAGCGAUCCACAGUGCAACCAAGCACUACAGCAAGCUCUGAGAAGCCC